CUAGCCUCCGCCCUCCGCUCGCGGAUCCCCGGGCUGAAGUGAAGCAGAGCCGUCCCGCCCGGCUUCCGCGCAGCAUCUUCCUCUCUGCGCGCCCCUGGGGUCGCCGUGGGUGUCGUGGGAGCCGGGCGGCGGACGGAGUGUAGUGAACGGCCGGCGCUGACGGCGCGGCGAUGGCGGGCUUCCUGGACAACUUCCGGUGGCCGGAGUGCGAGUGCGUGGACUGGAGCGAGAGGAGGAACGCCCUGGCCUCCGUGGUGGCGGGGGUGCUGUUUUUCACAGGCUGGUGGGUGAUGAUCGACGCGGCCGUGGUGUACCCCAAGCCGGAGCAGCUGAACCACGCCUUCCACACGUGCGGCGUGUUCUCCACGGUGGCGUUCUUCAUGAUAAACGCCGUGUCCAACGCCCAGGUGCGAGGGGACAGCUACGAGAGCGGCUGCCUGGGCAGGACAGGGGCUCGGGUCUGGCUCUUCAUCGGUUUCAUGCUGAUGUUCGGGUCGCUCAUCGCCUCCAUGUGGAUCCUCUUUGGCGCCUACGUCACCCAGAAUACCGAGGUUUAUCCGGGGCUAGCCGUGUUUUUUCAGAAUGCACUUAUAUUCUCAAGCACCCUGAUCUACAAGUUCGGGAGGACGGAGGAGCUGUGGAGCUGAGCCCGCCGCCGGCGUCGCCUCCUUCGCGCCUCCUGCCUGUAGAUGCGUUGUUACCUUUUACGGUAGUUUACACAUUGCCAGAUGAAAUAGAUUGUACGUUAAAUGUGUUUCUUUACCCUUUCAUGCUCUGAGUUUUGAAAUAGUUUUAUGAGAUUUCUGGGGUUUUUAACGACUCGGUUGUUCCUGUGUCUCUGCGGCGGUGGGCAUAGGAGGGUGGGGCCCGGCUUGCACUCCCGACCAGGGCGGGCCUGUGUCCUGGGCCGGGCCUGUCUGGGGUCACUGUAGGGUCACCUCAUCCCUCUCAGUGUCUCGAGGUCCCGGAGACAGACAGAAGACUCAGCCCCAGGUAGCCGGAAAAAGCACUGACCCCCAAAAAGGGUAUUUCCGCAAGUUGUACUUGAUUUUGGCUUAAAAAUGAGAUUUUUUUUUUAAGGAAACGUGUUUGUUCUUGUGUUAAAGAAGCGGACUUUUAUAUGGAGACUUUUUUACGUGCCUGAAGGACUAGUGCGGAAGCUUCUCUUAAAACCCGUUCCUUUAGUACUCGUUUGUCCGAGGAGGGAUGGCACGGGGCCAGGUCAGCUCGGUGUUACCGGCCCUGGGAAAAGGCCCUCGGGCAGCUCGGCUGUGUCACAAAAGCUUCCCACGAAAGCAGCUUCAGCGCCCGGCUCCCCCGGGGCCCUUGGCAGCCCGAGCACCUGGGAGACGGCCGCAGCAGCUCCAGGGCGUGAAGGCGGUGACGGAAAGCGGAGUAGUUUCGAGAUGAAGCUCCUCCCCCCAAAGACAGCUGCCGUAUGACCUAGUGAAAACCAGGCAUGUCGUCUGCCAGCUGCCGGCUGCGAGCCUCCUUCCGCUCCGGCGCUUGAGCUUCGGGCGCCAGCCUCCUGCAAACCGCGUCUGCAACCCGCACGUCCCCGUCCAGUCCCAGAGCUCCGGCGCCCGCGCGGGGCCCUGUGUCCGCACCGGGUGUGUCCCCGCGGGAGCUGUCCAGGGGUCUUUGGGCCUCCGCCACUGCUGCUGCUGCGGCCCCCCGGCCCCCCAGGGUCUGCGUGGCCCGUGGUGUGAUCGCAGCCGCGCCCUCCCCGCCCUCGGGCGCUUCCCGUGCCCAGAGCGCGGGGCGCUGAGGGGUGCUGUGCCUUUGUCCUGAGACCGCGGGGUUUCGUUCCUCCCUCCCUCCCUCCCUGGCGGUGGUCUUUUCCUCACAGUGUCCGUGAGUGUGUCUGCUUCCAAUCAGCUGUGAGGCUAAUUCCUUGUGUCCAUUCCCUUGUAACCUGUUGUAAUCAGCAAUUACAGCCCCACGUUGUGAUGCCAUUAAAUAUGUCGGAGAAAACAAGCCAUAAAAA